UUUCAGUCGACCGCCGGAUAGGCGUUGGUCUAAAGAUGUUUACGCCAGGGAUGCAGACAUUGCCGCAAAACUAAUGGAGAAAUUGGGGAUUAGGUUCUACUCUACAAUGGGUUGGAGUGACGGCUCAAAGACAGCACUUUUGAUGGCAAUUAAGUAUCAAUCGGUAAUUAAUAAGACAGUUGUCUGGGGCGCCUCAGCGUACUGUAAGCCUGAGAAUAUACGUGCCCUGGUAGCCACCAGGAAUAUUAAGGUGUGGAAUCCGAAAGUUCGCGAAUGUUUCGAAAGGGUCUACGGAAACGAGUUGCAGGAAAUGUGGGCAAAACUGGUCGAUCACUAUAAGGUGAAUGUUGACGACAUCUGCAGAAAUACGGCCAAAAUGAUCCGGAGUCCGACAUUCAUACUUCACGGCGAUUGUGACCCAUUGGUAGACUUAGAGCACCCGAAGUACUUAAUGAGCCAAAUAUCGGACGCGAAACUCUUCAGAUUCGCUGAGGGGUCGCAUAAUAUUCAUCAGGAAUUCGCCAAACAAUUCAAUCAAUUAGUUCAGGACUUUAUUUUGAACUACGAG